AAUGCCCUUAACAACGUGAUCUUCGUUCCGGGAUACUGCAGCGCGUCUAGUGGACAAUCGCGGUACUGCAGCGGUUCCGCAGCUCCACGAACGUGAAACGAUCCUGCACCCGGAAGUACCGGGAGUUAACAUGGCUUCGAAAGGACAGGUCGAGAGUUUGACCGAAGAGGCGAUUUGUCCCAUCUGCCUGGAUUUCUUCACCGAUCCGGUUAUACUGGACUGCGGACACAACUUCUGCCGCUCCUGCAUCACACGGAGUUGGGAAAGGGAGGAGAGAAACUCCUGCCCGGAAUGCAGAGAGGAGUUUGCAGACCGCACCCUUAGGGCCAAUCGGGCCUUGGCAAAUCUGUCUGAGAAAGCUCGAAAACUAAACCUGAAUCCGAAAGAGAAGGAAAGCAAACUUCACUGCGAGGAACACGAGGAAGAACUGAAGCUGUUUUGUGAAACGGACAAGACACUGAUCUGUCUGAUCUGUAGAGAUGCACGGGAACACAGAGACCACCGCUUCCUGCCGAUUAAAGAAGCUGUUGCAGUCUAUAAGGACCGGGUUAAAUCUGCAUUCGAAUCUCUCACAGAAAAGAAAUCCGACUUCGAGGAAAUGGAGCGGCAACAGAAAGAGAAGAUUUCCGGAGUUCGGGAACAGUCACACAGUGUUCAGUCCCACAUCACAUCCCAAUUUGAUGAACUGCACCAGAUUCUCACUGAGAAAGAGCAGCACUUACUCCGAGAUCUCAGGGAAGAGGUGGAGAGGGUUCUGAAUCCAAUGGAGAACAAUCUUCGCGAGAUUCAAGAGAAUUUAAAUUCUAUCCAGGAGGAAAUCUCAAAGUUACAGGAACAGAUGGAUCAACAUGAAAAUAUCUUGUUCCUUAUGGAGGAAAUUCGUCGGAGGAGGAGGAUUAGUGAAGAUGAACAACUGCUGUCAGUGACACAUGGCACCCUACCUGUUGAAAAAUUCGAUCACCCCUUUUUGCUGAACACCACGUUGAGAGAAAUGUUUGAUACAAUUAAGCGAGUCUCUAUCACCCUGAAUAUGGAAACGGCGCAUCCGCAGCUCGAGGUGUCUGAGGAUUGGAAGAGUGUGAGAUUGACCGAGACCCGGAAGAAUCUCCCUGACAACAGGAGAAGGUUCACAUACUGGGAAUGUGUGCUGGGAUCGGAGGGAGUCACAUCAGGGAGAUAUUACUGGGAGGUGGAUGUGUCGGGGAAUCGGUGCUGGAGUCUGGGAGUCGCUGCAGAGUCUGUGGAGAGGAAGGGAAGGUUCAGACUUAGUCCGGGGACCGGAUUCUGGACUAUCAAGUGGAUUGAUCACAUGAUAAAGAUUCUCACCUCCCCUGAAUUCCGUCUCCCUGCCGGUCCCAUCCCCUGGAGGGUUGGAGUUUAUCUCAGUUAUGAGUCCGGGACAGUUUCAUUUUACAACGUGGAGACCAAGUCCCAUCUCCACACCUUCACUGGGAAUAAAUUCACGGAGAAGCUUUAUCCUUUCUUCUGGACUUGGCAUAAAAACCAGUGGCUGAGAAUCUGCUCCGAUUCCACUCCGGGUCUGUAAACUUGUCGGGUCCCGGGACCAGCGUCAGGAGUAAGUCAGUGUAAAUAUAAAUUUACAGAGAGUGCAAUAAAUAUGAUAUGAGAAUUAUCAAUCUAUUAAUU